GCCCCUGGGCGCGCCAUGCGCAGCACCACCCUACUGGCCCUGCUGGCGCUGGUCCUGCUCUACCUGGUAUCCGGUGCCCUGGUGUUCCAGGCCCUGGAGCAGCCCCACGAGCAGCAGGCCCAGAGGGAGCUGGGGGAGGUCCGAGAGAAGUUCCUGAGGGCCCAUCCAUGUGUGAGCGACCAGGACCUGGGGCUCUUCAUCAAGGAUGUGGCUGAUGCCCUGGGAGGGGGUGCGGACCCUGACAUCAACUCAACCAGUAACAGCAACCACUCAGCCUGGGACCUGGGCAGCGCCUUCUUUUUCUCAGGCACCAUCAUCACCACCAUCGGCUAUGGCAACGCGGCCCUGCGCACAGAUGCCGGGCGCCUCUUCUGCAUCUUUUAUGCGCUGGUGGGGAUCCCGCUGUUCGGGAUCCUGCUGGCAGGGGUCGGGGACCGGCUGGGCUCCUCUCUGCGCCGCGGCAUCGGUCACAUCGAAGCCAUCUUCCUGAAGUGGCAUGUGCCACCGGGGCUGGUGCGAAUACUAUCGGCGGUGCUCUUCCUGCUGAUCGGCUGCCUGCUCUUUGUCCUCACGCCCACGUUCGUGUUCUGCUACGUGGAGGGCUGGAGCAAGCUGGAGGCCAUCUACUUCGUCGUAGUGACGCUCACCACGGUGGGCUUCGGGGACUAUGUGGCCGGCGCCAGCCCCAACCAGGGCAACGCAGCCUACCAGCCGCUGGUGUGGUUCUGGAUCCUGCUCGGCCUGGCCUACUUCGCCUCAGUACUCACCACCAUCGGGAACUGGCUGCGAGUAGUGUCCCGCCGCACUCGGGCAGAGAUGGGCGGCCUCACGGCGCAGGCCGCCAGCUGGACCGGCACGGUGACGGCGCGGGUGACCCAGCGAGUCGGGCCCACGGCACCACCGCCGCUGGAGAAGGAUCGGCCACUCCUGCCGCCGCCGCCGUGUGCUGCGCAGCCUGCCGGCAGGCCCCCGUCCCCGCUCCCCGUAAAGGCCGAGCCGCCCUCCCCGUCCUCCCCGUCCACCCCGCCCACGGCCUCCGCGCUGGAUUACCCCAGCGAGAACCUGGCCUUCAUCGACGAGUCCUCCGACACGCAGAGCGAGCGCGGCUGCGCGCUUCCCCGCGCGCCACGGGGUCGCCGCCGGCCCCCUAACCCUCCCCGGAAGCCCGCGCGGCCGCGGGGCCCCGGGCGCCCGCGGGAAAAAGGCGUGCCGGUGUAG